AUGGGUGAGUUUGAAAGCGCAAGGGCCGACAGAAUCAGCAGACGCAGCGCAGCAGCGAGGAAUGCAUCAGCGGAGGUAAGGGUUUUCGAUAUUAACGUGGUAGGUGGGGGUUAUGCAGCAUGGACGGUUGCGACUUGGGGAAUGGAAGACACGAAAGCAGAUGAGGUGGCCUCCUCGAUGUUGUGCACUCUGUUGCGCAUGGAAGACGACGUGUCGUAUAUUGGGAAUGAGUUCCAGGUGCAGAGAAAGCAGGGGAUAGAAUUGGAGAAAGCCUGGGAACGGGAGCGGAAUGCAGUUCAGAGCUCGUUCGUUAGGAGGGGAGAUACGAUGGUAUAUGCGCGUGCGGUGAGUAGUCGGUACCUUUAUGAAGACUUACCGGCGCCGGCUUCCUUAAGGGAUAUGCGAUGUGUGACGCACGAGGGGCGUGUACGGGACCGCGACGACCCGGCAAUGUUUGAGGAGAUUAGGAAGUAUUUGCAGGAAGGGGAACUUCCUGAGAGGUGCGCAAACGAUUCUCGAGUACGCGGCACAUUCGUGCGACUGGCGCGGUCAUUCAUAUUGAAUGAUCGCCGUCUCUGGCGGGUCUCCAAAGGAGAACUGCCAAAACUCGUGGUACUGGACGUGGAAAGGCGGCGGGAAAUUAUAGCCGAGGCCCACAACGACUGUGGUCAUCGCGGUCGUGACCCUACCUUC